ACAGCGGCCUCCGCCAAUGGCAGCGCCGCUUCCGCCUCCCUCCGGCCAAUGGCGCCGCGAUCCGGCUCCGCCCCUUAAAGGGGCCGCCGCCCCGAUUUAAGGCGCGACUACUGCGGGCCCCGGGGUGCGAGAACCGGCCGAGCGGCCGCGGGGGUCCCCAGCGCUGCAUUGGUCAAUGUGCAAAAGACGGGGCUUGCAUCAGAGGUGCGAUGGGACGGGGCGAGGGGAGUUUUUUCGGGGUCUACUUGCUCCUGAGCCAGAACCCCAAGUUCAGGGGUCGGGUCUACAUCGGGUUCACGGUGAACCCCCAGAGGAGAGAGAGGCAGCACAACGCGGGCCGGCACAAGGGGGGGGCCCGGAGAACCAGCGGGAGGGGGCCCUGGGAGAUGAUUCUCAUCGUUCAUGGAUUCCCCAACGACAUCUCAGCGCUGAAGUUUGAAUGGUGCUGGCAGCAUCCUUCUCGAGCCCGGGGGCUGGUGCGAGGGGGAGGGGGAGAGGGGGAGGGGAGGCGGGUGGAGCCAAGCCGUCUGCGGGGGGAGACUAGCCUCUCCCACCAUCUCCGCCUCCUCUGGUUCUUGCUCCGAUGUCCCCAGUGGGGCCGAUUCCCACUCACCCUACGCUGGAUCCGGGCAGACAUCCGGAUCGAACCCCCUCCCCUCCUCGCCCCCCCUCCCCACCUCGCCCUGGCUUACGGUCAGCUGGAGACGGAGACACAGACGGAGACACAGACGGAGGCACAGACGGAGACACAGACGGAGACACAGACGGAGACACAGACGGAGACACAGAGCCAGAAGGAGAUGGAGAAGGGAGGAGAUUGUAGUGUCUGUGGGGAAAGACUCACGCUUGUCUCGGUGACGUUACCGUGUGUUCACCGCGGCUGCGCAGCAAGAUCCCACAUCCUGUGUCUGGCCCGGAGUUUCCUCGUGGGGAAACCGGACGAGUUGCUGCCCCUCGAGGGGGAUUGUCCACGCUGCCGACGACCCGCCCUCUGGGGGAACCUUGUUCGACGGAUGACCUUUGACCCAGACCCUGGCCACAGCUUGACCCAUCAGCAGGGUCAUUGGACAGAUGAGGUGAGGCCCUCGUUGGGCGUCAAGGGUGAAGAUUUGGAGGAUUCACUGGGGGUCGGAGAUGGGGGGGUCGUGCUGUGACCCAGCGAGCACAGGCCCAGCAGCGCCGACAAAAGCUCAUCGGAAACGUUGACCCACUCGUUCCUGGGAUGGUUCUUGUAAAACCUCCUCUGGACCCUCUCCAGAGCCCUACAUCCUUCCUCAGAUACGGGGCCCAGAACUGCUCACGGCUGCACCAGCCCCUUAUAGAGCCUCAGCGUUACACCCCUGUGUUUGUACACAAGCCCUCUGUAAAUAAACAAAUAAAUAA